UCUGUGUACCACACCACAUGUUUUCAGGCUAUGCUUUAUUUGUAAAAACAUAAGAUAAAACAGAAAAUGGCAAAAUUUCAAAGUUACUACAUCCUGUGUCCAUUGAUUGAUCAAAAUAGUUUUCUCGGUGUUACCGAAGACAAAGAAAGUGAAAAUGUUGUGGUUACUCUAAGCCGAAAUGUUGUCAACAAAUACAGGCUCUCUGACCAGAAGCAAACCGGUGGAUGGACAUCAAAGGACCAUAUUACAGCUCCAGUGAUUUACGAUAAAGAACAAGAAUCCUAUAUUGGUGUAUUCAACAAAAAUACAAUAAAGUCUUGGAAGAAUGAUGAUGACAAUUUGGAUAAAUUAAAAAAAUACAAGUUUUCUAUCAACAUUCUUAAACUAGUAGCAAGAACAAAUGACACAGCUCUCAUAAUAUUUGAAAAUGGCAACUGUGCGUCACUUCCUUACGGGGUGGAUAACAGGAAAUCUUAUGAAAACAAACUACUUAUAAAAGAAUCUGAAACAAUAAUUGAUGUAGCUUGCUGCACAAUAGAUAAAAAGGAAUAUGUUUGUUAUGUUUUGAAAAAUAAGAAAGACAGCUACGAAAUACUUACUUGCCCCAUAAGAGAUGAAUUGGGUGAUUUGGAAAAAGCAAAGCUUAAUCGUGUAAAAGUCACAAGAUCGGAUGAUGUGUAUGUAGUUGGACAUCUGAUAUGUACACAGAGUAAAAAUAUAUAUGUUUUGUGGAGUGACUCCAAAAUGGGUGUAUAUGACAUCAAAGAAAAGACCUGGAAAGUUACAUUUUCAAUACCUUGGAUUUCUACAGUAUCUGAGGUGUCCCUUGCAUGGAUGGGAGAGAAUAAUUUAAUAUUCUUUGGCAGCAACAUUGAACAAGAUGGAGCUAUCCUUGUAGCUUAUAAUGUAGCACUGGGAGUUGGAUCAUGCAAAUAUCCAAUGAAAAUGUAUACGCAAAAUGCUAAACUCUAUUGCUUUAACAGUAGAAUACUCCUCCAAGCGUCAAAUCACAUCGGAAUGUUGCCAUACAUAUUGGAAACAGAUAGAAACCUCUCAAGUCUACUUGGCUCCCACGAUGUACAAGAAAAUCAAACUGUCAUAGCUGAUUGGGGUACUUCAGACCAACCCUUAUACAGAAUUAGUGAUGAAAUGAAGGAAUUAUUACCCAAAGGGUUGUCAGAACGCAGUAUCUUCGCUCAGAUCAUUCCCUCUGUAGUGAAAACUCAUGAUUUUAAUCACAUCAUGAAGGCAUUGCUCGAGUUCCAAGAUAUACCUGAAUCAAACCUAGUUAUGUUAUUAAAUUUUACUCUAAAGGAAAUGAAUGUAGAUUCUAUUGAUGUAACAAAUGAAGAUGAAUUUUUAGAGUUUUGUUCCUAUCAGCUGGAUUAUUCAGAGGAAAAUUAUGAAUUAGCGUCAAAAUUUGUGCUGUUGAAUCACCUCCUUAAAACAUCAUUUAGUGACGCUCUGAUGUUACCACAUUUACGAAGUGGCAUGUCUUUAGAUAACGGACUGUUUUUAAUGAGCUAUGUAGCAUAUUUAAUUACAGAAACCGACCUGAAUAUUGCACAUGAAAGUAUGAUGUAUGAUUGGUGUACUUUACUCCUAGAUGCAUUCUACCAGCACUUUCUAAUGAUAAAAGAUGAAAAAGUCAGUUAUGUACUGGAAAAAGUUCAAAAAGUUGUCGUGGGACUUAUUGAUAAUUUAAAUAACAUCAGCAGUGUUAUGUCUCACUUAGAUAAAAUAAUUAACAAAAGUCAGGUGCCUGAAGAGAAGGUGUUAUCAACAUAUACUAUUGAAUUAUUGAAUAUAUAAGUUACUGAAUA